AGCUUGCUCCCUUGCAAGAAGAUUACUAAUCCGAAUAAAGUUCCCAAUAUAACUAUUAGCAGAGCUAAAAGGGAGAAAAUGAAGCGUGAGCAUUUGAAUGAGCUAUUUCUCGGUUUAUCUAAUGCACUUGAAAUUAGAGAGGAAAACAAUGGUAAGGCCUUUAUCUUGGAUGAAGCCACCGGGAUUUUCAAACGGAUGAUUGAUCAAAUUACGCGACUCAAAGAAGAGAAUGCAACUUUAUUAUCUGAAUCACAAUAUGUGACAACCGAGAAGAAUGAGCUUGAAUACGAGACUCGUGCUCUAGAGAUCCAGAUUGGUGAAUUGAAGAGUGCGGUACAAAAGAUGCCGGACCUUAAUGAAUCCCCUAUAGAAUCCCAAGAACUACAUUUAUGACCAUUAUAAUUUAUAAAUCCUGUUUUUGUGAUUCCUGUUUGAGACUUGUUGGAGUAAUAACACGUCAAAUGUGAACAAACCAAUAUUCUAUGUGAACGUUUAAGAGAAGAUCCCACUCUUGAAAUCUUCUAAAUGCUAAAUGCUCUUUUGCUAAUUCCAG